UCGAUCCAGUGACCGAGCGGAGCCGCUGGUGGCGCGGGCAGCCCAGGUCUUGUAAACGGUGGCUCUGGUUGUUCCGUCCGUCCCCUCUGCCUCGUGGAGUCCCGCCCUGACGUCCUGACAGUUCACACUGCUUUCCCCCAACAGCGGAGCUGGCCUGAACCCCAGGGGCUUGGGCUGUCCUAGGAAAAUCCGGAUCCCAGCCCCACCAGGAGCCAAGGCAAUGGCCUCAAAGCCUGAGAAGAGGGUCGCCUCUUCUGUCUUUAUCACCCUGGCACCCCCACGUCGAGAUGAGGCUGUGGUUGAGGAGGUGAAGCGGGCAGCUUGUGAAGCCCGGCCCGGCUGUCCCCGGGAAUCUCCUGCCCCCGUGAAAGCACCUGGGGCUGGCUCGGCAGGAAGGCUCCGUUCCUGGGCACCCCCUGGCAGAGCUUCAGCCCCGGUGCCCGCCGUUCCACCUCAGCUCUCCAAUGGAGGAUGUUCGCUUCCUCCUCCUCCUCUGGAUGGUGAGGACUCGCUCCCUGACCUGGACCUCCUGCCACCGCCGCCGCCACCGCCCCCUCCAAUGUACCUGCCUCCUCCUGACCAGGAGCCCCCGGCCUCCGUGGGGGCCCUCGUGUCAGACUUAGAGCAGCUGCACUUGCCCCCACCCCCGCCCCCACCACAGGCGCUGAUGGAAGGGCCUCCACUGCAGCCUCAGCCCAGUCCUCUCCGGCCCACGGAGGAGCUGCCACCUCCCCCAGAAGAGCCUGUCAGCUUACCUGAGCGGGAGGCCUCCACAGACAUCUGUGCCUUCUGCCACAAGACUGUGUCCCCCCGGGAGCUGGCCGUGGAGGCCAUGAAGAGGCAGUACCACGCCCAGUGCUUCACAUGCCGCGUCUGCCGCCGCCAGCUGGCUGGGCAGAGCUUCUACCAGAAGGAUGGGCGGCCCCUCUGUGAGCCCUGCUACCAGGACACCCUGGAGAAGUGUGGCAAGUGUGGCGAGGGGGUCCGGGAGCACAUCAUCAGGGCGCUGGGCCAGGCCUUCCACCCCACCUGCUUCACCUGUGUCACCUGUGCCCGGUGCAUCGGGGACGAGAGCUUUGCGCUGGACAGCCAGAAUGAGGUGUACUGCCUGGAUGACUUCUACAGGAAAUUCGCCCCUGUGUGCAGCAUCUGUGAGAAUCCCAUCAUCCCCCGAGACGGGAAGGAUGCCUUCAAAAUCGAGUGCAUGGGAAGAAACUUCCAUGAAAAUUGCUACAGGUGUGAGGACUGCAGGAUCCUCCUGUCUGUGGAGCCCACGGACCAAGGCUGCUACCCUCUGAACAACCGUCUCUUCUGCAAGCCGUGCCACGUGAAGCGGAGCGCGGCGAGCUGCUGCUGAGGGUGCCCGUGGGCUGGGGCCAAGGUCGCACACUAGCCCCGCUCGGGGCCCCUCCCUAACUUGUUUCCCUUCCUCUCCUGCUCUUGCACACUUUCCUUCCUAGCCGCACCGGGACCAGCCUGAGGCUCAGCCCAUCAUGUCCUGGAUUCGGGGCUGAGCCUCCUCCCAGCUCAGAGCUGGAUGGUUGGCAGAAAGCAGCCUUCAUGCUCUCCUCUGGGCACUGGAAAGCCCUGUACCUUGAACAUCAUUCCCCAAGGGUCCCAUCUCUGUGGCUCUGGCUCCUCUGGCUCGCUGACCUUGACCCCCAUUUCCAGGGGUGAAUUGGGGUGAAUCUCCAGAUGGUGCCUGGGUCUCUAGCAGUGGGGUGCUGAGACUGGCUUUUGCAGAAUUGAGCUGUUUGAGUGAAACUCCCAAGUCCCUUAAAAAGCACUGUUUUUAAAUUUGAA